AUGCUUGCCCCCUCUCUCCAGUGCCUCCCUCUUCUGAUUCUCGAUCAUAUCUCCCGUCGUCAACCACUUGCUUCGUCGCUGUGCCGAACCAACCGCUCACCGAUAUUCACGCAGCGCAUCCUCCCCCCCUUGCGCCGCUGUCCGCCGCCCAUCCACCCCGCCCAGGACCCUGGCUUCAGGUCCCACAACGGCGUCUCUUCCGCCCGCCAAACCCCUCCAUCCCGGCCAACAAAAGAGCCUGGGCCGACGGCGGCUGCUGCAAGGCAGGGGCCUCACACAGGACGAGCUCUGGAAGACCGCUGCAGGCCGAAACAAAUAUAUGCUUUAUAUUCCCGUGAGCCUCUGCUCUGCCGUGCCUCUCUCCCCGUUCCUGUCCGUCCAUGCUCCUCUUUCCCUUCUCGCAGACAACGGCUCGCUCUGGCUUUUAACCCGUUGGCGUUUAGCUUAGUGCAUCACUGA